AGCACGAUGUGAGUAGACGAGGACGAUGUGAGCAGACGGGGGCGACGUCAGCAGACGAGGACGGACUGCUUAUCUUUAGCUUAUGAGUUAUGACAGAAAUCACACCUCACCCACUCUUAUGUCAGAAGAUGACUGAUUCUACCUACUCAAUGACCCCACCAGUCUCCCCAUACCAGUAUGGUAUGGACUUGGAGAUAACUGAAACAGAAACAUCUGCAUCAGUUAAAACAGGAAACAACUCAUUUCUACUGGUGGAAGCAGCAUAUUUCUGCUGUGGAGGCGAGGCAUAUCCUGGCAGAGAGCCACACCUGUAUGAACAUUUUUCUUUCCACAAAAAUGGUGUCAUAAAAUCUGGCGCUCUUGACCGGCUGAUGCCACCACAACCAAAUCAAGAAGGGUUUGAGCCAUCCCUUACACUGUUUGGCUUCACUUUCUUUUACCUGGCUUUGGAGGAGGAAGAAGAAAGAGACAGGCUGUUCAUGUUAGCUCGGCAAGCAAUCAGGGAUGUGAGAAAUGUCAACGAUCAAGACAGUGCCAAGAAGGUGUCAAAACGGCAAGAGCUGAUAAAGUUUUUACUCUAUGUGAAGGACUUCAUAAAAAGAUUCCUACCAGAAAAUGGAAGUAGUCGCUGGCAUAUUGUUCGUCAGUUGGUGAGAAAGCUUCAUCUUCUACUUCACAUUGGCAAACUUUCAGACCAGCCCUCAGAGUGCUCUCUCAUUCAACAAGCCAGUAUUCAUCACAUAUUCCAUCAGCAUUUGGACAUCUGCUGGUACAUGUUAGAAAUCCUUCACACCUUGACCACACAAGCUGGAACUGCAGAUGUGCUGGAUGACAUAAGGCUAUGCCAGAAGCUUGGGGAUUCAAAAGACAGUGGUAUUCUGUCAUCAUUUGAUCAGCUGGUUCAGUUUCUGCUCUUUGACCUUGUCUGUCUGGCUGUGCCUAUUUUUGAGAAGUUGCACAGUCAAGAGUGGCUCCACUCCUCUCCCUUUCCUUGUGGAUGUGUGCUAGAGAUGUGGACACUAGUGCUUCGACUGACCACAAUCAGGAAGGAGAAAUAUGGCACAGAAUCAUUCUGGGUACAGCUACACCAUAUACUCCAGACUCUGUGGGACACUUGUGCUGAACCUGGAGAUGGAGGAGAAAGUCAAGACAGUAAUAUCUUCAUGUUGAGCAUCUCACAACAGCCAUCAUGUCCUGCCAGCUUCUGCUUGUGGCUCACCACUCAUCUGGCUCAUCUUACCUGCUUUGACAACAAUGGCCUCAUGCGUGAUGCCAGCCACAACUUAAACAAUUUCUUUAUUGUCGACAUGUUGAUGGAGAAAGUUUUACGGACAUCGCCAAAGGAAGAAACUUUGCGAGCCUGCUUGCGCUGCUGUGCAUCUAUCUCUAGUCUGUGGAGGCCAACCAGAAGUCUCAUCACUACACUCUGGGAGUAUUUCUCUCACAGACUGAAUGAGCGAUUCCAGCAGCAGGUGGCCAGUGUUGAAGGGCUUGCCAUUUUCAAUAAAACGUCUUCAGCACUGCUGGAAAAAUGUGAGAGACUUUGUUGUGGUGACUUGGAUGGCCUGGCACAGGAGACUAGCUUUUCUCUCUUUUUGCGGCUGUUAACAAGGCUGCUGAAAAGUAGUGAGGCCGAAUGGAGGCAGAUAAAGGGCAGGUUUUACUCAAAGUUUCACCAACGUCGCAUGCAGGAUCUGACAGAAACUGGUUUGCAUAACCUGACUUGCCUUUUUCUUGUCCUAGCCUUGUGCGUGGAUCCAGAGGAAGUGGCUUUGAAACUGAGUAACCUCUAUGACAUGCUAGAUCCUGCGACAUGGCGUUUCAGCCUGAGGGUGCGAAUAUGGUGCGGGGCUUUGGCCAUGAUUGAGCAGCUGGUUAAAGCCAACCAUGACAUCAGUGUUCUGGCUGAGAAGAUGGCAUUCUCCUUUAAUACACUGUGCAGACAGCUCUCUGAGGGCAAGCUUGACUACACUCAGCGACAAGAAGCUUCAGGUCUGGUGGCCAUGUACCUGCAUGGUGUGCAAGCAAUUGUGGAUCACUCACACCUCAAGGGAGCUGAAUAUUUAUUUAUAGGUGAGGGGAUCAGGCUUACUUUAGAGAAUGGCAAUGAAAGUGAAGUUCGAAACAUGCUGACAACACUGGACACCAUAGCUGCACGGCUGAGGUAUGUCACAGAUCACUUGAGAGACGAACAAGCAAACGAGAGAGUCAGUCAUCAUCAACACCAGCAAGACUUAGCUGACAGGCUUUGGCAGUUUGUCUUUCCAUUUGUGUGUAACCAUGCCUGCACCUUGACCCCUCCCUUGUGCCUAGCUGACCUGGCAGUGACUUUGACACACCUUUCACAGACUUUUCCACCACCACUCUUCACAUGUCCUGAAGGAACUGUCAGCAUAUUCAAACAGUUUGCACUCGGUGAUACUGUGGCUGUCAGCAUUGUCUGUCACUACCUGGUGCAGGUGCUAGGAGAACCAGCUAUCCGUGAUUUUGUCCUUUCGUCAUCUCAGCAAUCAUCUGCCCCAUCAGCAGCAACACAAGCAUCAAGGAGUCUGCUGCAGAAGGAUGUGAUCAGAGCUUGGUUUCGCUGUGUCAUGUUGAUGUCAGAAACAUCGUCAUCAUUGCAAGAACUGACUCAGCAGGUCCUGCUGUUACCAGAGGUUAUUUCGCUGUCGGCAGCUAGUGACAUUGGUGCCCACAACCUGCUGCUUGGUUCAUGCCCAGCCACGUGGAGAACUUUCCUGAAAAGUGUAGGCCACUUCUUCAGAAAUGCCAAGGGUUUGCUAGAGAAAAGACAGGCCAGAGACCAAGUGUCUCCAUACUUCCAGGACGUGGCACAACACGCUGCACCAUUGCUGCGCACCCUGGCACCAGCCAGUACCCUGCUGCACAUGUUUCGUGUGGUAGGGCACUUAGUGAAGUACUGUGCACCUGCUCUUUACCUCCAGUCCAAGCCAUGUCCCUUACCGACGAUCAUCAAGACCUUCCUGUUGCCUCUUCCUGUCUACAACAGAGACAAGCCCCUCCACCCCAGCUACUCAGCUGCAGUGAAAGAGACGCUACAUUUGUUCAUUGAAGGUCUGGGAAAGAUGGAGCACAAUCGUCUGCCUGAUGUGCAGCGACACCUUCGUGAUAUCGUGACUAACUACCUCUUUCGUUUUCCUUUGACUCUGACAGAUUUAGACCUACACCCAGUCCUGAGAGUUAUCAGGAAACUGCAAACACAGCCACUAGCAGCGGAUCGUAUCAACUUCGUGAAUUUUCUCUCCAGCCUUGUGUGUGGCCUACUGAAAAGUAGCGGCAACCCAUCUCAUGCCAGGACACUGGAGACUGUCAGUAAAUGGUCGGCACAGAGUCAGCAACAAGCAGCCAGUGUUAGCAAGCCAGCUCAUACCGGGACACUGGAGACUUGACAGUAAACAGUCUCCAGAGACAGAGACAGCAACAAACACCCAGUGUCAGCAAGACAUGGCAGUGAUCACUUCUCAUCAGCUUGUGAUGCAGACAGAUCCCAGAUGCUGACUUCAAGAGACACCACCAGGUGGCGUGAGAACGUCUGCGAUUGACUGUAUAGACUGUGACAGCUAAUGAUAUCGUAUAGCGUCCUCUAAGUCAUAUUUUGUGCUGGAUAAGCUGUGACAGCUAGUGAUAUAUAGCAUCCUCUAAUAUUUUAUAAUGCCAGUGGCACCAGCAUGUCAGUGACAAGUGUCAUGAAACAGGUGACAUUGGUGACCUUGAAAAGAUGCUGGAUGAUUUUGAUGGCUGAUAUCAGUAACAGUGCAGUUUUCGUUAUACUAGUCUUGCUGACAUCAGUAAUGGGAAGCAGAAACAAGACUUCAUAGUGAACGUGUGCAGACAUGCGUGUGAAAACUCAAACAUUUUAUUGGGGUUAGGCUAUGACAGUUUCUCAAAGUGAGCCUUCUUCACUACGCACAUAAAUAUAGAUACACACACACACACGCCCCCUAGAGGUAUUAAAUCACACAAUAAUUAUGCUGUAACUUGUGUUGCUGUACACAGGUGGUGACACUGCAUGUCUCUGGCUGUUUCCACCCUUCAGCUAAAACGUUUAUGUAAGACCCAGCUAGCUGCAUAGUGUCACCUGCAGUUUCACUGGAGGAUAGGACACACACGAUUUUCUAUUCCCAGGUUCAAACAUACUUGAAACAAAGAGUUACUGGUACUUUUAUCACCCAUAGGUAUUUUGAGGUAUUUUUUAAAUAUCUAGAUUUAAGAUCACUGUAUGUUUGAUUGUCUGGGAAUGUGUCAAAGUUUGUUUACAUUAUGCAGAGCCAAAUUUGAAUGGCCUUCAUGUAGCAGCUUGCCAGAAUUUUAUUUAGGAAGGGAGUGGUUUUUUUCCAGUCAGGGCCAGGCAAACCUUGAACCAGAAACCUUCUCCACAGUGCAGCACACUAAUCACCACAAAAUCCAUCAUGGUCUUCAAAUUCCCUCCUUUGUGUGACUGACAGCAACUGUCAGUAUCAUCUGCAUGAGGCAUCGUUGUAUGGCCUGCAGUAGCUGUGUUUGACACUGAUGUACAGUGCUGUCAGUCACAAGUCUCAGAAUGUGCUAGUGUACAUAAUUAUCUUGUUGUUUGUCACAGUUCUUAAAAUGUGUGACUCAUGCUGUACGCUGAACUGUACCACAUUCAGCUUUGAUUUUAUAUAAGUUGAUGUACCAUGGAUAUUUUUGCAGCUGAUAGUGAGUGUAAAGCUUGUACAGCACCAUCCAGGAAUCUUGAGAUCACAAUACAUAGGCCACAUAAGUGGUCUUAGAUACCA